UCGGUCUCUUGUUUGUAAUGCAAAUCACGACCAACACGGGUGCAUUUCUAAAUUGUUCGGAUGUAUUUUUUAAGGUCGUGGUUUUGUUUUUUAUGACGAGAGAGGAAGUAAACUUUCCAAGUCCCUCCUCCUUUCCUCCAAACCUCCACAGCCCUGACGCUGUCUCUUCUCGCCUCGGACCAUGGCGCUUCCCUCCGACUUGUUCGCUGUCUACGUGGCGUCUCAGGUCGUGCUUCUCCUUGCACUAUUUCACCGAGCCUCUGCGAACUCCGACGUUCCGUCGCCGCUGCUGCAGCCCUAUGACUUUUUGUACUACAAAGGUGUACGUGCGUACUUUGGUGGAGAGUGGGCCAAGGCUGCAGAGCUUCUGGAGAGGUCCAUUGCGACCAAGGAGGCUCUGUUCAAGUACCGAAGGCUGUGUUAUGAGGAGUGUGUGGCUGCUGGGCGAGAUGCACUACAAAAACUGGACACAGCCAAAGAAGAAGGGAGCCUGUGGGACCUUUGGGUCCUGGACUGGAUGCAGAAGAAGGCGGAGUGUUUGAGAUUCUGUAUGGGACGAUCUGUCAGCCUUGUGGGACAACUUCCUGUUUCUACAGACAUUGAGUAUGAGUUCAGCUCCAGGAACCCUUACAACUUCCUGCAGGUUACAUAUUACAAGAUGGAAAAGUUGCAGAAGGCGGCGUCGGCGGCUCAGACUUACUUCGUGGCCAACCCCGGUCACCUGGAGAUGAGGAACAACAUUGAGAAGUACAGAAGGAUGGAGGGAGUGAGCGAGGAAGCCUUUCAGGACAGAGAGACAGCGAGUGAAAAGCACUGGGCGCUGUAUGAUUCCGCACUCCAGCAUGAGGCGUUGUCUGAGUGGGCGCAGGCGGUGGACGCAUGGCGAGCGUGCGUGAACGAAACGCUGCGUCAGACAGAAGAGUGCAGGGUGCAGUGUGUGGUGGCUUGCCAGCGCAUGCCUGAGGACAGGGGAGUGGACAGCGUGGAUGGCGUGUUCGAGAAAGCUGCAGCGCUUUCCUUGUCGCUGCUGUCUUGCCAACAGUCGUGUGUGACGCGGGUGGCCACACGUCCCGGUAGGAUCUCCUCUCAGGAGGACUUCCUGCCCACUCAGCUGGAGCACAUGCACAUUGCACAGUUUAAAGCUGGAGAUGUCAGAGGUGCAGUGCGGACGCUUCGUUCCCUUCUUCUUUUCUACCCUUCUGAUACGGACUCCUUGGACAACCUGCAGCUCUACGUUGAGACACUAGGGGGAGACAGGGAGUCACAGUCUGCUCAGGAGAUCGCUCGUUACGUCAGGCGCUCGUUACAGGAGAAGAAGCUGCUGUAUUUUAGUAUGGAGCAUUUAAAUUUUACCUUCAUUGACCCAGAUCUUUGGACCCCAGAGGAUGUCGUUCCUGAAUCCCUCAGGGAAACAUGGAGAGCUGAGAAAGAGAAAAUGAAUGAAAAAGUGAAAGAAGACGAGCAGGAAGAGGAUGUGGAUGACAGCGGCUUUUAUGCAGGUGGUCCAGUCCCUCAGGUGGGUGUGACCAUCACCAUGGACGACCUGCUCUUAAACGGCACCAACCGGGUGGUCCUGGAUGGAGUCAUGACUGAAAAGGAGUGUGACAGAAUGUUGAAGUUGGCAGAAGCGGUGGCAUCUGCAGGAGAUGGUUAUCGGGGGCGACGGUCUCCACACACGCCUCACGAGACACUGAAUGGCCUCACCCUGUUAAGAGCUGCGAAGCUGGUUCAGGAUGGCCUGGUCAACCACACUGAUGCCAAGUUGUUACACGAGCUGGGCGAGAGAGUGCGAAUCCUUCUCCAUUCCUACUUUAGGAGCCCAUCAGGGCUCUUUGUUGCAUUCACACACUUGGUCUGUCGCAGUGCUAUUGCAGGGGACCAGGAGGGCAGACUGGACCUGUCUCAUCCUGUCCAUGUGGACAACUGUCUGCUUGAGCCAGACACCAAACAGUGCUGGAAGGAACCACCAGCUUUUAUACACAGAGACCUCAGUGCCAUUCUGUACCUGAAUGAUAACUUUGAUGGCGGCGAGUUGUUCUUCACCAACAGGAAUGCCAAAACAGUGACAGCCAGAGUCAAACCGGCAUGCGGUCGACUCGUCGGCUUCUCGUCAGGGCCGAUAAAUCCACAUGGUGUUACCGCGGUAACAAAAGGGCGGCGGUGUGCGCUGGCUCUCUGGUUCACCAAGGAGAAGUUAUACAGGGACAUGGAGCGAGAGGAGGUGGAGACAGCCUGGGCCGCCGACGGACAGGCUGUGACCAAGGAGGAUGAAAAGGAGGAGCCGAAGAACGCUCGGAAUCAAGCGCCAGCUAAGGCGGCCAGCAGAGGAAGAGGACGUGUGACAGCGGGCAAAGAUGAACUGUGAGCCUGUCAAAGUGGAUUUCCUGUCAGUGGAGCUCCUCUCUACCAGUGAAACUAAUUUAUAAGUGACUGUAGACUAUAUAAGAGAAGGACAAUACAUCUCAUGUAUUGUCAUGACUGGAGUUAAGCAUCAGGUGUUCAAUCUGUAUUUGUCUUCAAUGCUGUAUUUGAGCAAGAACCCUUUUCAUUUUUAGUGAUUUUCACGCAAGAUUUCCGCAGUCGCUGAGGUCAAAGGUCCUGUUCAGUUCUACCAUGAAAAAGUCUAACUGUUUUUUGAGGUUUAUGUCACAAGGGCAAUCAAAUAAUAUGAUGAUGAUCCAAGAUGGCUGAUGUAGCUAGUCAACAAUUCAACAGUUUUUCCCAUAGGAAAUAAUGUAAAGUGAAUUUAUCUGUUCCGGGGUCAAACUGGCACCUUCAUAAAACAUUUAUUAACUGUACAGGCGGUGUAACAUUCUUAACUGCCAUACAAGUACUAAAAAAAAAUUUGUAUCUGUAUAAUUUAAAACUAAAAGUUAAAAAACUAGAUGCCUAAAACAUAACGGAAAGAGAACAUGUAAGUAAUUGUAUCGCUCGAAUUGUCCAUUUCUGGUUCUAAGGUUAUCAUCACUUUUCCCCUUUUUCCAUCCUUCUGUGAUUGCAAAAAAUAGAAACACAGAAAAAAAGAAAAAAAGCACAACUACAAGUCUCUCUGGCAUCUUUUUAAAGGACUACUUUAUUUCAGUUUUAUUACACAGCGUUUAACUUAUUUUGUACUCUUGUGUGACAGCUAGGGAUGUUAAGAAUGUUACUUUUUACAUCACCUGUACAUUUAAUAAAGGUGACCCUGUUUCAGAAUUGAAUUUUUUUUGGUGCAGUUUUUGAUCAAGAGGUCUGAACCGGUCCAGGAAACCUCCCAGACCCACAUUAGGAGUGUCCAAAAUGGACAAACACGCAUAAUUGAACUUGAACUAUUGAGUUUUCUUUGACUUUGCGUGUUUUCGAUUAAACUCGCAAAUUCAACGUUUGGGUUGUUCACCACCCUUUUUAAUGCUGCGAUUUUUCAGUUUUCCUUCACAGCUGCCACAGUUUCUGAGUAUUUAUUACACCUUUCAGUAUCACCUCAUUUUAUUGAGGUGUAUCUAAUGAAUUGAAGUGUGUGUAAAAUUGCUUGCGUAUUGUUUGUAUAUACCGUAUUUAUAUUUACUGCGAGCGAGGUGCGUUUUUUUGUCGUUGUUGUUGUCUCCCCUUCAGUUUGUUCCUCUUUUUUUCAUGUUUCACAGUACAAGUCUUUUGGAAAGUGCAGUCAAAUUCACACUCUGUUGAAACCUGCAAAUAAAAAAA